AUGCUUUCAAUCGCAUUUUUCUUGAAGCCGGUGGUGGUAGAAGCUAUUCGCCACGUUCUGCAGGGUCUUUCCAGUGGCCGCGAAGUUGCAGAAACACCGGUGGAUUACGUCGGACAAGAAGAAAAGAAAGAGAUUUCGGACGCCCCGGGAUGGGACAGUGGAAUAAACACCGCGUCCCACAACGCCACGUCGUCAGGCCAAGAAGACGCGGAAUUUAUGUACGAUAACGACAUAACCAGCACCGUAACCGAGAUCGAACCCGUGUCCGAUCUAGAGACCGGAGCACGGGCUGACGAUACCAGCGACGCCGACGUGGUCGCGGGGCCAAACGACUGGAGAUUCGUAAUGAUCAGAUCCAGUACGGUUCGGGACCUAGUUAAAUAUUUCAACGGUCUCGCGCAAAGGUGAUGAACCACCAUUCAUCCGCCGGCCGAUGACCGUCUUCGAUGUCUAGUUGUCGGUUAGAUUGUGGUUUUUUUUUUUGUUUUUUUUUGUGCGUUUAACGUUAGAUUAGGUUAUCUGUUUUUGAGUUUUGUUUUUUUUGUAUAUUUAUUAUUAUUUAUUUUUUCAUUUUUUUAAAAUUUUAUAUUGCACAUUAAAUUGUGUAGUCAGCUUUUGACGGCUUCUACCAAUAUGCGGACGGUAUCACUUCGAUCCUCGAAGGCGUCGGAGGUGCCACCGACACCGUCCGCAUUUAUUUUGGCACCGGGUGGGUGGGAGGCUUAUGGCGGUGGGUUCAAUGUAACCCACCGCCACUGGCGUGCCAGCAGCACGUAUGUUCCAAAGCUAAAGACUAUGAACUUCUUCUCGA